AAACUAUUCCUUUCGCCUCCGCCGCGAAGCGUUUCGCCCCCAUAAAAGACUCGUUUCUUAUGUUAGGGACCGAGCGGCGACCAUGGGCAGCGGCAUCCGCAGCAAUCUGUUCUUGAGAGAGCUAUGUCUCUUCUCUCCGUUCCUGAGACGCAGCGGCUGUGCUCCUCCAGCCGUCCUCCCCUCGACCACCGCCCACAUCGCGAUCGGUGGCAUCCGCUGCGCGGCGGCUCAGUCGAGCGACGGCGGGUCCCAGGGGAAGACGUCGGCGCGCCUUUCUUUGAUGAAGCAGGUCCUGCGGGACGCCGAGGAGCGUGCUCUCUCCGCCGGCUCCGAACCCACCCCUAAGAUCUCUUUAGAACAUGUCACUAUUAGUUAUGCAAGAAGUGGGGGCCCCGGUGGGCAGAAUGUGAACAAAGUGAACACUAAGGUAGAUAUGCGCUUCAAUGUUAAGAAGGCAUAUUGGCUGAGCGAAAGAGUCCGUGACAGAAUCCUUCAAAUGGAAAAGAAUCGUAUAAAUAAAGAUGGGGAGCUUGUGAUAUCCUCUACCAAGACUAGAACACAGAAGGGUAACAUUGACGAUGCCUUGGAGAAAUUGCAGGGAAUUAUUGAUGCUGCAUCAUAUGUCCCGCCACCCCCCUCCGAAGAAAAAAAGAAAAGGAUUGAAAAAUUGGCCUCAAUCGGAGAACAGAAGAGGUUGCUGAGCAAAAAAGCUCUCUCACAGAAGAAGGCAAUUAGAAGGAAUAGGAGCAGUUGGGAUUAAUCCAGAGCAGCGUAGGAAGUCUUCAAUAUUUUGAUCCCCAGGAAAUCAAUGCAGCAUGGAUUAAAGAUCAAUGGUAGGAUGAAGUGCACCUAUACUUAAUUGUGGGAUCAUUGAAUGCGCACAAAAUCUGUGGAAGUUUCUGGGAGAAAUAUAUCAGGAAUUUGUACUCAGGAUUCCGGGGCUUCAAGCAAUUUGAGAAUCACAUCAUUCUUGAUAAAAUGAUUGUGGCAAUCUAUUAUAUGGACUCAAAUCA